AUGAGUACUCAUCAAGCUUCAGUUGCUGGACCCCAAUGUUCUGAAACCUUGCAACAAAUGAAAAACAAUAAAGAACUAUUAAAACAGGCUUUUCGUGCUGUCAAAGAAAGCUGCGAUCGUCUACUGCCGUCGGAUAUGUCCGAUCUUAUUCCAUAUGCAGACAAACCUAUACAAAGUCGGGAGGUCAGCACAGAUAUAAAGAUACUGAUUGCGGCUCGAGAAAAAGCAAUCAAAAGACUUCUAGCAGUGACAGCUGAGUUGGAAAAACUGCGUCGUGGUUUAACGAAAACAAUAUGGGAACUAAACGACUUAUCUGACCCAUGUAUAUUAAAUUCAUAA